CGUUUUGGUAUUGUGUUGAUAUAAACACGUAAAUAUAUAUAUGUACGUAGAUUCAUGUUUAUGCUGAUCUCUAUUGUGUUGAUGUUUUUCGUACAUUCAGUUGAUGUUUUCUAGUGCGUCGGCGAAGUUUUCGCGCAAAUGAUGUAGCUUUUUAGAAUCAGAAAGUGACCGAUCAUCCAAAAGUUACAUUGAUGGGCCGAAUUCGUGUGGUCAGCUGAUGAGAAAACAUGGACACAUUGUCUAGCCACAGCUCAUACCUCCUCCAGCAAUUGCAAGAGCAAAGGAUACAGGGAUUACUCUGUGACUGCAUGCUGGUGGUCAAAGGAGUAUGCUUCAAGGCCCACAAAAACGUCCUGGCUGCAUUUAGUUCCUAUUUCAGGUCCUUGUUCCAAAAUUCGCCAAGUCAGAAAAAUGACGUAUUCCAGUUGGUCAUCCAAGAUGUCGGGGGAAUCGGUCAGAUACUGGAUUACAUGUAUACCUCCCACCUGGAUGUCAAUCAAGACAAUGUGAAGGCCUUAUUGGAUAUUGCCCAGUUCUUGCAGGUCCCCAACGUACAGAACAUGUGCAGCACAUACCUUAAACCCUCUCUUCCAGGUGUGGAGACCCCAUCGUUCUCUCUGUCCAGCGUCCUCACCUCUGAUCAUGACUGCCUCCUUGAAACAGGUCUUUCUCAAGAUGUAGACAUCCAUUGCCCUUCUACGGAAGCCCAAAAGUCAGUUUAUGGCAGUGGUGAUAUUGACCAUAACAAGAGACUGCCUAUCACAGUGCCUCAGGGUACUGCUACCGAGACAACAGGAAAUGCUCAGGCCACUCCAGAGAAGCAACUGGUCCAUGGGUACAAGCUACGCAACUUUUAUAACAAGCAGUACAAACCGAGGGCCAACACUGAAGGCCAAGGUCCUCUGGUGGUCCUCGAAGUGCAGCAGUUAGAAUUUGGGGUCACCCAACCUGGGAGUAUUCCUGUCUGUUCUGGGAAUACAGUUCAGUCAAACCCUCCAUGUCCUCCAACGCAAAUUGAAAAGAGUUUUAAUUUGAGCGUGCCCUCUUUAGAAACUUUAGCCACUCCUAACUCUGAAGGAACGGACUCUGCAGUCAACAAGCUAGUACGGCCGAAAAAGGCUGUGUACCUGAAGAAAUAUAAUUAUCUGCGGUCCCAGAAGGCCCUAGAAGAGAUGUGUGUCGAACCAAUCUCUGAGCCAGUUUUCAGCACCAAAGAGAAGCAAGAUAAUCCAUUGGCCCAUAACGAACUUCCAGAGGUCAGUGUCGACUGCCUCGCUGUAGAAGGUAAAGUGUUGUUGGAGUCAGUGAUAAACACUCAAGUUUCUAGUUCCCCAACUGCUGACCAAGAUGAGCCUAAUUCAAAAGCUGUCAAUGACGUUGCUGAAAUGGCAGGACAUAAGCAGUACUGCUGUAUUGUCUGUGGGAAGAUCUUUAAACACCCGAGCAACCUUGAGCUCCACAAGCGGUCUCAUACAGGUGAAAAGCCAUUUCAGUGUAAUAUGUGCGGGAAAAACUUUUCACAGGCAGGUAACUUGCAAACACAUUUGCGGCGACACUCUGGAGAGAAACCGUACAUCUGUGAACUAUGUGGGAAAAGUUUUGCUGCCUCGGGUGAUGUCCAGCGACACAUGGUGGUGCACACAGGAGAUAGGCCACAUCUGUGUGAUAUAUGUGGACAUGGAUUCAGCAACUUCAGCAACUUGAAGGAGCAUAAGAAGACCCACACUACAGAUAAGACGUUCACAUGUGACCAGUGUGGAAAAUCUUUCAACAUGCAGAGGAAGCUGUUGAAACACAAGGUCCGACACUCUGGAGAGAAGCCACAUCACUGUGAUACCUGUGGGAAGCGCUUUAUCGGCUCAGGUGACUUGCAGCGACACGUGCGGUCACACACUGGGGAGAGGCCCUACAUCUGUUCAUGCAGCAAGAGCUUCACUCGUUCUGCGCUUCUGAGGAGACACAGUAUGCACUGCAAAGGGACCACAGAUUCCAGCCCAGCCGUUGCGGUCUACAAAAAUCCAGGUUGUUCAAACGGUCCUCUAUUCCCCAAACUGGCCCGUCAUAGCAAACUGCGUACCACUACCACCGAGCAGCCUUUCCCCGGAAUUAUGUCCCACCCGGCACUGGACAAGUCCUCACCAUCACCAACACAUGUCGAAUCUCCAGAUCUCAGCAUGCACCGUGGCGCCCCACCUACCUCAAACACUCUCCCAGAACUGCAGUCCUUUGUCCCCCAUCACCUCCUCUCUUCCUCUCAGCAGGACAAGUGCCUCCCUUCCCCCCCCCAACACCCACCGGAACUUCUAAAGUUGUCCAAACCUCAUCUACCUCAAGAUGGCAUCUAUGGUCCUUAUUUGGAAAAUGGAGCAGUAGGGUUGAUGCAGGCGGGUCCAGUGACUCGAGGAGGGAUGGGGAAGCAUUACUUACCUGAACCGGACAAUACCUGUGGACAACCAGUGGCAAACAGGACCAUUGGUGCACACAAUAGGACCCACGAAGGGCAGUUUUUCUCUAGUGUGACACUGUGGGGUUUGGCAAUGAAAACACUGCAAAAUGAUAAUGAUAUGGAGUGAAAUGUGGGUGAUGUUCAUAGAGGUGCAUCCUAAUUGUACAGUGUAGCCUGCACUUUUUGUUUUACAGAGCACUCCUAAUGUAAUAAUGUUGCAGUAGCAUUUAUUUUUUGACAUUAAUGGUCAUAUCUGGUCAUUUCUGGCACCUCUGUCUACCACUACAGUAAAUGGAACACAAUGUUGUAAUAUUAAAUCUUAUUUUAUAUACCCAUAAGUAAUGUAUAUGUUUCGUCACUGAGGAUUAUAUAUCGAUAUAUGUGCAUUGCCAUUAUAUCAUUUUCAGUAAUGUUUAUAAUAUUGUUCUCAGGUAUUUGUGUAUGAAUUACUGCUUUUAGAAACUUGAUGCAAUUUCUGAAAUUGCUUUCAUUGAAAUUUCUCAUUAUAACGACUAAAACCUUAUUACACAGAGUCCCUUUUGUAUCUUAAAAACCUUUCCUUAUAACUUUCUUGUGAUCUUCUCUGCCUGUGAUCUUGUUUGACAGUUCUGACUGGUGUUUCCCUACAUUUACAUUACAUUUAGCAGACGCUCUUAUCCAGAGCGACUUACAGUAAGUACAGGGUGAAAUGCCUUGCCCAAGGACACAACGUAAUUUUAGCAUGGCCAGGAAUCGAACCGGCAACCUUCUGAUUAAUAGCCCGAUACCUUAACCGCUCAGCCAUCUGACUACCCUGAGGUAAUGUGACAUCUUGGUUUGGCAGGGAAUACUUUUGAAACAGGGCAGUUGCCAGUGUAAUUGCAGCUGUGGAGAGUACAGUUGACCUGUAGUUUCCAAGUUAAGCUGUAACGUGGUAACCCUGCCCCUCCUAGUUUUCCAAGAAGUGAUGUACAGUUAGAGUGUGUGCUGGAAAGGUCAGCAAGUGGGCCCUGCAAUGUGCUGUACAAAGCUAUCCAGGGUGCUGUUUCAGGUGCUGGCCUUGGUGCUGACCAGGGCUUCUCCUGCCUCUGCGCUCAGGUUGUCACACUACACAGACACACAGCCUGUUUUACAGGUCAACCAACUGGCAUUUCUCUUUAACAACCUCUUUAUGGCUGUUUCAUUAAUGGUGUAUUUGGAGGGUUCCACCCAUUCCAUACAGACAUGAUACACAUACAAACAUAGCACAGGUAACAAACAUACAGUGGUAAGGAGAAUACAGAGGCAGACACACAUAAGGCCUGUGUUGUUUUCUUCCCUGGCAUUGGCAUCUUCUUCCUUUUUCAUCUUUAAUGAUCUUGAUCCAUGUUAGAUAAGUGUAUUUCUUUAAUAUUGUUACACUGUUGAUUGACUUAUAUUGCCACUAGAUCAAACCUUAGUAAUUCUUGGGAAGUUGGAGCUCUGAUUUAUGGGGUAGGAUGGCGCAGAUAGGGAUAGUGUCACGUCCGUGUCCUAAUGUUUUCCCUGUGUGUUCUCCGUGUCUGUGUGUUAGUUUUGGUUUGCUCAUUGAUUGGAUUAAUUUCACCUGUCUCUGGUUUGGUCCUUGUAUGUAUUUAUGGUUUCUUCCUUGGUUUGUCUUUGUCUGAUCCUUGUCUUGAUGUGUGAGUAGUUCCCUGUGUUCCUGAAUACUUUGAUUAAUAAACACUUUUUUGGUUCAAUUCAA